AUGUCACUGAUGUUUGGGAAAGCAAGGAGUUGUAACUUCUCUGCUAUCCCUGAGGGGGGACAACCUGAGGUCAAUGUGGUCGUCCUUGGAGUGAGGGGCUCAGGAAAAUCAGCGUUGACUGUCAAAUUUCUCACCAAGCGCUUCAUCAGUGAAUAUGACCCCAAUCUAGAGGAUACUUACUCUUCUGAGGACAUGGUGGACCAACAGCCUGUCGUUGUGAAAGUUAUGGACACAGCUGACCAGGACGGCCCAGUGAACUGUGAGCGCUACCUCUCGUGGGCCAGUGCCUUCCUUGUGGUCUACAGCAUAGACAAUAGACGGAGCUUUGAGGGCUGCCAACAGUACCUGGAGGCCGUCACGGUCCACACCAAGGCCCUGCAGCCCAAGACCCCCAUUAUACUGCUGGGCAACAAGCUGGACAUGGAGAGAUACAGGCAGGUGAGUAAGUUGGAAGGCUCGGCCCUCGCCUCCCGUUUCUGCUGCCUGUUCUUCGAGGUGUCUGCUUGCCUGGACUUCCUGUCUGUCCAGCGGGUCUUCCAUGAAGCCGUGAGGGAGGCCAGGCAGGCGGGCGGCAAAAGGAGCCCCCCGUUACGCCCCCUUUACAUCAGUGAGGAUAACAAGCCAUUGUUCAGCCUCGCCACCGUGCCCCCGUUCACCACCCCCUGCUACAAGGAGCUCCCAGUGCCCGCCACCGCCAAGCUGGUGACGGUCAAGUCGUCGCGGGCACAGAGCAAACGGCGAGCACCCACGCUGACGCUGCUCAAGGGCUUCAAGAUCUUCUGAUGAGUC